UCCAUACCAACCUACUCCUUCAGUUCUUAUCCAGUUUGUUGAGAAAUCAUGUCUGGAGUCAAAGGUGGUUGUGGUGGAGGGGGUGGAUAUUAUGGCAGUGGAGGCAGUGGAAUAGGAGGAUCCUCACAACAAUACAUAAGUACUAACCCAUGUGCACCAGUUCAGCAACUCCAAGGUAACCAGGGAUGUGCAGGCACUGUUACCACUUGCCAACAAGGUCAGGUUGGCCAGAUAAGUGGAGGUUGCGCAGGAGGUGCUGGAGGAACUUAUGGAGCAAGUAAUAUCAGCCAGAUUAGUGGCAUCGGUGGAUGCGGAGCAGGUGGCAUCAGCCAGAUUAGUGGAAGUGGCAUCAGUGGAAGCGGAGUAGGCAUCAGCCAGAUUAGUGGAAGUGGCAUCAGUGGAUGCGGAGCAGGUGGCAUCAGCCAGAUUAGUGGAAGUGGCAUCAGUGGAUGCGGAGCAGGUGGCAUCAGCCAGAUUAGUGGAAGUGGCAUCAGUGGAAGCGGAGUAGGCAUGAGCCAGAUAAGUGGAAGUGGCAUCAGUGGAUGCGGAGCAGGUGGCAUCAGCCAGAUUAGUGGAAGUGGCAUCAGUGGAUGCGGAGCAGGUGGCAUCAGCCAGAUUAGUGGAAGUGGCAUCAGUGGAUGCGGAGCAGGUGGCAUCAGCCAGAUUAGUGGAAGUGGCAUUGGUGGAAGUGGAGCAGGUGGCAUCAGCCAGAUUAGUGGAAGUGGCAUCAGUGGAUGCGGAGCAGGCAUCAGCCAGAUUAGUGGAAGUGGCAUCAGUGGAUGCGGAGCAGGUGGCAUCAGCCAGAUUAGUGGAAGUGGCAUUGGCGGAUGUGGAACAGGUGGCAUCAGCCAGAUUAGUGGAAGUGGCAUUUGUGGAAGCGGAGCAGGUGGCAUCAGCCAGAUUAGUGGAAGUGGCAUCAGUGGAUGCGGAGCAGGUGGCAUCAGCCAGAUUAGUGGAAGUGGCAUUGGCGGAUGCGGAACAGGUGGCAUCAGCCAGAUUAGUGGAAGUGGCAUUGGCGGAUGUGGAACAGGUGGCAUCAGCCAGAUUAGUGGAAGCGGAGGCUGCUGCAGCAGCCAGACGAGUGGAAGCUACAAUAUUGGAGGAAGCUAUGGCUCAGGCUGUGGAGGAGGAGUCAAAAAAUGAAGAUCUCAAGAUCAAGAUUAGAAUUGUAAAGCAUAAUUAAAAAAAUCUUUGUUAAAACAACAUUGGAAAAGAUUGGAAAAAUCUUUCAUAUAGUAAUUUUGCUGUUGAACAUAAUGUAAAGUUCACUUUAUUAAUCUGAAUAAACAUAUUGAUUAAAGUAA